AUGCGCGCGGCAGUGGUGGGCGCCGGUGUGAUCGGCAUGACAAGCGCGCUCGCGGUGAAAAAUGCUUUUCCGCAGUACCAAGUGCAUGUGUUUGCCAGCGAAUUUUCACCGGAAACCACCGGCGAUGGAUCCGCCGGCCUUUACAGCCCUUAUCUCACGGGGAACACUCCUCGCGGCAAAAUUCUCGAUCCUCGAGGGUUUUCCGAUUCGAGCUGGUCAAAAGUGGUGUACGGUGCGCACAAGUUCACUGAGAAACAGUUGGAAAAGUUGAACGAAGAAAACAGGGCGAAUUAUAAACACGGAUGGAUGUUUCUAACUUAUACAGCCGAACCAAUUCGUCUGUUGCCUUGGCUGACCAAACAGUUCCUCGAAGCAGGUGGAGAAGUUCGAAAGAGAAAGAUUCAUCAACUAGCCGAACUGAUCGACGACGGAUACGAUUUGAUAGUAAAUUGCAGCGGCCUUGGCGCACGUGAACUCGUCAACGAUGACACGGUUGCACCUAUUCGAGGUCAAGUUACCAGGGUGAUCGCACCCUGGGUGAUGCACGGCCUCCUGGAGGACGACGACCAUGGACAUUACAUAAUACCCAACUUCGAUAACGUGGUAUUGGGAGGUACGCAUCAGGAGAACGAUUUCGAUCGCUCCCCGCGAAAAGAGGACGCUCAGUUCAUUAGUUCUGGCUGCUGUCGAAUAUUGCCCUCUCUCAAGAACGCGAAAGUGUGGAACGAGUGGGUCGGUCUCAGACCUGGAAGAGCAGAAAUUCGUCUGGAACCCCAAGUUUUCAAGUAUCUCGAAGGCAGAGAAGUUACGGUGGUACACAAUUACGGACACGGAGGGAGCGGCGUGACAAUGUGCUGGGGCUGCGCUUCGGACGUUGUGAAGAUUAUACGGGACAGGAAUAAGUUGAAGUCGCAUUUAUACUUGACGAUAUGCACGAGCAACUGCAAGUACGACGCGGUGAGGCGAGUAGCGGCUCGUUACGGGAUGAAGGAAGUGACCGAGGACAGCAGCUGGAACCUCUACUGGACGGAUUUGAGCGUGAGCGUGGAACGAGCGAAGGAUAUGAAGAGAUACCAGAAGGUGAAUCAUUUUCCUGGGAUGACGGAGAUCUGUCGAAAGGAUUUACUAGCGAGGAACUUGAAUCGUAUGCUCAAGCUUUUCCCAAGAGACUACAAUUUCUUUCCCAAGACUUGGUGUUUCCCCGCGGAUCACGGAGAGGCAAUAGCCUACGCGAAACUGAGACGAUCGAAAACUUUUAUCAUCAAGCCCGACACAGGCUGCCAAGGGCGCGGAAUUUAUCUGACGAGGAACUUGAAGGACGUUAAACCCACCGAGCGCAUGAUUUGUCAAGUUUACGUGGCCAGGCCCUUUCUGGUGGACGGCUACAAAUUCGAUCUUCGUAUCUACGCGUUGAUCACCUCCUGCGACCCCCUUAGGAUUUACGUCUUCAACGACGGCCUUGCCAGGUUUGCCACGAGCAGAUACAAGGAACCGACCGGCCACAACACGUCCAACGUGUUCAUGCACUUGACCAAUUACGCCGUUAAUAAGCACAGUCGGAUGUACGUGAUCGACGAUGAAGUCGGUAGUAAAAGGAAAAUAUCCACGUUGAACAAGUGGCUCAAGAUGAAAGAGGUUGACGUGGACGAGCUGUGGCAGAAGAUCGACCAAGUUAUUAUAAAAACGAUCCUCGCAGCGUAUCCAAUUCUGAAGCACAGUUAUCACACUUGUUUUCCCACUCACGAUAAGACGUACGCGUGUUUCGAAUUGUUGGGCUUCGACGUGUUGCUCGAUUGGAAACUGAAGCCGUAUCUCCUCGAAGUUAAUCAUUCACCGAGUUUUCACACAGACGCGCAAAUAGACAAAGACAUAAAGGAGGGUCUGUUGACGAACACAUUCGAGAUGUUGAAUUUGCAACAGUGCGACAAGAAGAAAAUCAUCGAAGAAGACAGGAAGCGUGUUAGGGACAGGCUACUUCAGGGAAUCAAUUCUAAGGACGGCAGCACGAACGAUUCGACGAUCUGUGUGACGAAACCCGAUAAGCCGGAGGAGGAUUACUUGCAGAAGCAAUUUAAAUGGGAAGACGAGCACAUGGGCAAUUUCCGCAGAAUCUAUCCAUGCGCGGAAAGUGAAAAGUACGAGCCGUUUUUCAGGCAAACUAGCAUUUCCGUGUAUCAGGACACGGCAGCGUCCAGGGCACGCGAAGAAGCGUCGAGGAUCCAAAAGGAAGAGAACGAGAUGAAAAUUAAGGAGCAAGAGAGCAAGAAGGUCUUCGGUAAAUGGAGCGAUCCCAAGUUGCAUCCGGAGAGUCCAAACACGAGCCACAAGUUUGCAACGACGAACGAUCAAGAGAAGAGCAAAACUGCGCCUGUACCGAAGAAAAUUCCGUCUCUAUCGAACAAGCAGGCCACUUCCGCUGUUAAUACCGUGCACUCGUUCGAGCCGGAGAUUAUUUGCGAGUCCGAGGAAAGGGAACGCGUCACGUCGCUGGCGCAACGAGAUUUCCUGAUCAAGAGCUACGGCAUGCUGGAGCAGAUCUACAUGGCGAUGAAGAAGAACGGUACGUUGCGAGCUAUCGACGAAAAGAAGUACGGACUGUACGGAAGGCUCGGUUACAUGGAGAACGUGAGCAAGAGCGCGAGUACUUGCAGGCACAAGUGUCAUCUUCAUCAGCAUCCUGGCAUGGAGACGAGAUACGAACCGUGGACGAAUCAGUCGCAGUUCUGCCUGAAAGCAAGUAAAGUAGUUAACGUUUUCGUGGUAUCUCGCUGGUUCUUCUACUUUCGAAGCUAA